CAUUAGCAUCCGAUGCGUGCGCUGUUUUAGCGGCAACCUUUUCGAACCCCAUGCGGCACGCUUCUGAAGCGGACGACAUCCUCCGCUGCUCUGCACCUCUGACGCAGUUCAGCUCGGGGUGUGUCCUAAUCCUACAUUUUAGGACUACUGCUAGUAGUGUCAGCGUUCCCUUCGUCUCCUCUGUUUCUCCGGGCCACGAGCAGAACCUUCUCUUCUCUGGGACAAUCGCGGGGGAAUUCCAGUUUCCUACGGCCGUGCCAGCAGAAAGCGCAGCGCCUAUGGAGUUGGAGGAGGGAGCGAGGCCGCCGAUGAUGCUCAAGGAGUGGCUCGAGCUGGAGUCCAGCGCGGAGCUCUCCUGCGACGACGACGGCUUCGGGUGCAACCGGAGCGGGAGCGGCAGCAGACGAUGGAAGAACAUCGCGAGCGUGUCCACCGCGGUGAGGGCCGCGCUGUCCCUGCCGUCGAGCCGGGGACCGGAGCGGCAGGUCGAGCUCUCUACGAACUCGUCUAGGAGAAGGGGGCUGCGUGUGGGGUUCUGGAAGAAGCGGAGGAGGGCGGAGGAGGUGGUGGACAGGAAGCUGCCCAGCUGCUCUGCGUCGAGUACAGACGCGAGCGCAGGUGCCGCCGGCCGCCAUAGCCAUGAAAAAGAGGUUGCGAGAUUGGAGGCGACGUGCCGCUUGGACCCGGAGCGAGAACAGAAGCAGCGUCGGAGCCCAGUUUCAGUGAUGGAUUUCCUAAGCCAGGAUGAAGAUGACGAAGGCGAGGAGGACGCGAACCCCGGCGACGGCGACGGUGAGGACGACGAGGCCGCGUCGCCGACGUUCCAGCGAAGCAUAGCCAACAUUCGAAGAGCAAGUCAGCGGCUGCUUCAGACAAUUCGCCAGUUCGAACAACUGGCCGAUCUAGAUACAUCUGACAUUGACGAUGCCACCACAACAACGGAGGAUAUAAGCAACCACAUGGUGGAAACAGACUCCAUAGAAGACGUUGAAAGUGUGCAUGCGCAACGCCUGCUUUUGGAUGGAAGUAUGUCGGGACCUAACCACUACUUUCAAAAGCUUCUAGUAGAUUUCUUUUGCGAGGGUAAAAACCUAGAUGGUCCAGAUCAAGGGAAGUUGUUGGAGACUGCUGAUGCAUGGUUGCAUGGGAAUGCUUGUUCAUUGAGACCAGAUCGGAGAGUGGAGAUGACAGAUAUUGAGUGGCUCGGGUGUUGGAGAAACAUCAGAGGGGAUGAACAGAAGCUAUUGGUUGUUGAUUUGGAGGAUGAUAUCUUUUGGUCUUUGAUUGGAGAAUUGGUUUGUGAAUUACACUAACAGCCAAUAGAGGGAAAUCAACUUUCUAUAUUGAUUGAAACAUGGAGAUAAUUGGAACGAAAAGCCUUGACAUGUAACUUUGCUAUGUCCUUUGUCUUUGAAGAUGAAGCCCAUCACCAAUCUUAGAACUCUUGGGGAAUAUUGCAACAUAUUGGUGCCAAUGGAGCAAUGUUUGUUGUGUGGCAGUACUCAGGAGGUGGAAGUGUAUGUACAUCUCAGAAUAUGGAUCUUAAGAUAGAAAUAUGAUAUAUAUUUUUGAAGUUCCACAUUUAGAACGUUGACAAUUGUGGCAAUAUAUGUGUUCCGAUGAGAUAGAAAACCACAUUUGCCACAAGAAUCACAUAUCAAAGGAUUUCCACUAAAAUAUUAGCUUGCAAGGCUAAACAUUCAAUGACCAAUCUCAAGACCAACACAGAACGACAAGUGGGAUUGUGAGAAGUUAAGUAGUAGAAAUAGAAGGAUUUUUUAUUGAAGUAAAUAUUUAGUUGAGUGAUGAUGAAAGAUAGAAUCUGAUGAAUUAUGAAUAGAAGUUUAUUUUUAUUUUUUA